AUGACCAUGGAGGGAGUCACCCACCAGACGUUGGAGGUCAACGGCAUCAAGAUCCACGUCGCGAUGGCCGGAGAUGGUGCUGCAGGUACGAUCCUCUUCCUCCACGGCUUCAUGCAGUUGUGGUGCUCAUGGCACAACCAGCUCAUGUCCCUCUCCCGGCGCGGCUACCGCUGCUUAGCCCCCGACAUCCGCGGCUACGGUGACUCCUCCGCCCCGUCCUGCCCUUCAUCCUACACCGUCUUCCACCUCGUCGGCGACAUGGAGGCUGGCGCCAUGGAGGCGGAGUUCGGACGGAUGGGCAGCAGAUUCGUUAUCAAGAAGCUCAUGACGACCCUUGACGCCAGCGCGACCAUGUUCUCCAAAGAGUGGUGGGGCUCGACGGAGGACGACAUUCCUCUGCCUCCGUGGCUCUCCGAGGAGUACGUCGGCCACGUCACCGCCAUCUUCGAUAAGACUGGAUUCUCCGGCGCCAUGAACGCCGCCCGCUGCAUCGAUCUGAACUGGGAGCUGACGGCGCCUUGGACGGCGGCCAAGGUAAUGGUGCCCACCAAGUUCUUGGCGGGGGAGAAAGCAAUGGCCACGGGCGCACAGGAGUACAUACUCAAGGGCGGCCUCAAGCGCGACGUGCCGGGGCUGGAGGAGGUGGUGGUGAUCCCCGGCGGCGGGCAGUACAUACACCUGCAGAAGGCGGAGGAGGUGACCGAGCACAUAUACAAUUUCUUCAAAAAGUUCUAG